AAAAAAGUUCACCUCGACAUGGUUCGGCCGCAAACAUUCUGGCUCGAGUGAGGCGCCUUGCAUCACUGGCAUCUCGCCGCAGAUUCUUUGGCUUUUGUGAGGACCUUCCGUCGCAAGGUAGACAACGAAGAAAUGGCUGCCUCUAUGUCGCCCCUGCUGCUCAUGGCAGUCGCCUGCGCUUCAGUGGCCCCGGGGGUCUCGGCCAGUCGCCUGAACCUGACCAUCCCCAGCAACCAGAAGGUGACCAUUGAUGGCGUUGAGGUGUACUCUCAGUCCGCCGGGUUCGGUAUCUUGAACUCGUGCCAGCAGUUCGCCAGCGAGGCCGUCUCGGACGAAAGCAAGCCUUCGAUCACGGUGUGUGGCACGGGCACCAAGGUCCACCGUGUACUUGAGGAACCGCUGCGUGGGGUACCACGAGUACAGUCACUCGAUCGGCGCGUGCGACUCGAGCGCCGCGAGCACCACGUGUGUCACAGACAGCCCCGCCACGGUUCAGUGGAUGUCCACCGCGCAGAGCUACACGGUGGAGCAGUGCUGAGUCCUGAGGAGGAGGAGGGGGAGGAGGAGGAGACGAAGUGGAGGAGGAGGAGGUGGAGGAGGAGGAGGCCAUGGAGGCUUCUGGCAUGUCUUGAGACUCCAGUGCUCUUCUUGUGGCUUGGAGGGUGCUUGCAGUGCUGCGCCGCGUGCCACUGGCGGUAGCAGAGGGAGAAAAGCCAUUGUGCCUCUCGAUCGGGUGCGCUGCACCCCUCCUGAUCUUUCGUAAGCUCUGGUGUCCAAGGCCG